UGAGUACUUCUUCCACUACUGACUAUGUUCUUACAGGUACAUGUUACUUCCAAAAGACUGACUGACACUGAGUUUUAUAACUUUUACUUAGGUAUCAUUGUCAAUAUCUGCACUGACUGCUUUUGCUUACGCCAUGUAAAAAAAAACCUGGGAUGUUGCAAUUUCAUCCUCAAGGAGGAAGUGAUCACGUUCAGAAAGAAUCAUGACUCAUCACAUGCACACACAGCAAACAUGCACAAACAUUCACUCACAUGCAGAGGUACAUUAGAGGGGGAGUGUUCACAAGUUAGAGGCUGCUGCUACAGUCAGACACAUAUUCAAACUGUGUUCAGGGACUGUUUCAUUUAGCUCUGCUCUCUGAUCCACCAUGAAGCUGGGUGUGAUCAUCCCACUGUGUGCUCUGUUCACUCUCACCCAACAGGUGCCUUCACAUGAUCGCUGUAUGUGUGAGUUGACUAACUCAGAAAAGGUAUUCCCACAUGACAAACUCAGCAAGGUGGGCGACAGUGCAUUAAAAUGUAACGGCAACAUCACCCCACAGAAGACUCUGGAGCUGGAGAGUCUGCUGCUGGGUUUGAAGUGGCGUUUGCCCCAGCUGCAGGAAGAUGUGUCAAUUCUGGAGAGGGAGGAUGAUGGCGAGCUGUAUGGAGUUGUCAGCCUGCAGGUGAUAGAGAAUGAACUGACAGAGAUCAAGAAGCUCAUCGACAAGCUCAACAUCACCACCUGGGAAUACAAGCACCUCGCCACUGACACCACUAAACAGCUGGAGGACCUGAGAGCAGAGAUGACAGAACUGGAGAAGUAUGACACCCUGCAGGUGGUAAAGAGACAACAAGCUAACCAGCGACUGAGGAGAGACUUGGACCAGUGCAAGAAUGAACAUCAUUUCACUGCCCAGCCCACUCAGCCUCCACAUGGUAUCUGUCCUCACGGUGAGUUUCUGAACAUUACUGGCCCCAGGGUCUACACAGCAGGUGAGUAUCCAGGCUCCUACAUGUACGGAGCCUGGGGUCGUGAUCCCAAACCAGAUGCAGGGAAGGAGAACUGGUACUGGCUGGUAAUGAUGACCUCCAGCAACAGAUACUCCAACUACGUCCGUCGCUACUCCACCCUGAGCUCUCUGAUCGUCGGAGUUAGCGUCCCAGGUAAUGUCCAGAUCCACUCCUCUAACCCAACCACCAACACCAUCCAGGGACCAAAUGUUGUGAUGUAUGGAGAGGCCUUGUACUACAACUGUUACAACAAGGAUGCUGUCUGUCGAUUCAACCUCACCACCAAAACUGUUACCACCCUGCAGUUACCCAAAGGCACCAGAUUUAACUCUAAGGGUAACUUCUGCCAUCUUGAUGAAUGCUAUCCGUUCACCGACCUGGACUUGGCGACAGAUGAAUCUGGCGUUUGGGUGAUCUACACCACCACCCAGGACUUUGGCAACCUGGUUCUGUCUAAGGUGGAAGAAGGUGAGCCACCCAUGCUCAAGCAAACCUGGCACACCUCGGUCUACAAGCAGGGAGUGACCAACACCUUCAUGGCCUGUGGUGUGCUCUACGCCACACGCUACGUAAAUAAAGCUGUGGAGGAGAUAUUCUACUCGUUUGACACCUCGACAGGGGUGGAGAAGUUCAACAUUGGCAUCUUCAUCAACAAGAUGUCUCCCAACAUUUACGCCCUGAACUACAGCCCCAUGGACCAGAUGCUACAUGCCUACUGUAACUCCCACAUGGUCUCCUAUAAGAUUUUGUUUGGGUAAAUGGAGACAACAUCAACCUGUAAAAGUAACGAGUAAAUAAAUAAACAAAUAAAAGCCCCUAAAAGAUCCCUAAUAAAAGUUGGGUGAAAACAUUGAGGGGGUUGGAGUCACCUUUACUAUAAUGGCUCCGUUAGUAAAUUCAUCAUAAUAUAUAUAUUCACUGUACUAAUUCCAUCAGUAAUAUAACAUAGCAAUGCAGUACUUACCAAACCACUGCUAUGAGUUUUCCUUCUUAACAGAAGUAUUGUUUUCAUUCUCAGUAAAAUUCCAAUCACUUCUACUCUGUCAUUCUUUCAAUCGCCAUUAAGCUACUGUCAGUGAAACUCUACACUCCUAGAGAUGUUUCACAUUAAAAGCCUACUGCAGCAUCCUCAGCAUCCAUCACACAGGUAUUUUAGCAAGUGACUACGGUGUUUCUGCUAAAAAAGCAAACUGAGCAGCAGACUUUUACAACUUUUACAAGCUAAUGUGUGUAGCAGCUGAUGUUGUCUAUGUCCCAUCAAAAAUCUCUUCACCUGUUUAUGCAUUAAAUAAUAUACCUCUGAUAUAUAUCAAGGAUAUGUGAUUUUGUAAGAUCAGAGGAGAGAGCUGUUCAUCAUGUAUUCAAAAGAGAAACUCCAAGGGAAGAGGAACAGAAAUAUGUCAAAGAUUUUUCACAAUACAGUAGUGUUAGUGUUUGGUUUGGGUAACCUGCUCUAUAAAUAAAAAGUAUCUACAAGUGCAAGGAGGACCAAGGUCUAUACAACCAAACUGAUCCAGUGCCAGCUUAUAGGAGCUGUCGACUUUAACAAAUCGCUACCGAACUUCACUAUUUAUAAGCCUUGAAAAGGGAGCAGGAAGGGGCUGUGUUUUCAUGUACAGAGUGAAGAUGUGGGGCCAGGGACAGAAGUGAGGGGGUUCUGCGAGGAUGAGGCAUAGGUUGACAAUACUGUACAGCACUUCAAAAAAGGGACAAAAUACAUUCAGGAGCCCCCCCAGGCAGUUUGGGUAGAAGUUGUGUAGGCGGAAAACAAAAUGUAGAAGGCAGAAACUAGUGCAGUGAAGAAUAAAAACACACUGAAAGAUGAUUGUAUACAAACUCAUUUAAUUCAUGGAUGAGGUUCUGUGAGGAGUGACUGAGGUGUUUGU